GUAUACAGACGUGCUCAUCAAUGCAAUUUAAUUAUAGCAAAAAUUAACAGUUUUUAAUUGUGACCUAGUUUAAGACACAGCGUUUUUGCUUUGUAAUCAUUCAAGUUGUUAUUGCGAAUAUGGACAAAAAGUGACUAUCUGCAAACAUGGAUAGUAGCCCCUCUAAUCGUGGCGGGCUACCGCAUCGCUCCUCACCAUCAGCAGCAACCACCAGAAAUCAAACUCAGGACGAAACCAUAGAGACUAUUUCUACAUCGGAAAUUCAAACGUGGAUGUCCAGCAUUGAACAGUGCCUGAAUGAGGUGUCGACCAUAGCUUCGGAGGGUAAAAUGAAUGCCGAACAAAAGCUAAGAAUUAGUAACCUAUGUCGCAAAGUGGGACACGGAGUUUCUCAAAUGGCUGUGCAAUACCAGUCAUUAAAACAUAAAGCCCUACAAAACUACGCCACCCUGCUAACUUUAAAGGAUAACGAAGGCCUCGCUACCAGUUUGAGUGAGAUCAAGCAGAAACUACACGAGACUCUGACCAAAAAAACUCAGGAAAGCGCUUCUUUUGCAGACAUGGUAAAGGGGACAAAAAGCCUUAUUCGUCCUCAAGCAACUAGCUCAGUCGCUAUAUAUCCCAGUGACAAUACCAAGACCAGUGAAGAGACCAAAAAUUUAGUACAAAAAAUAGUAUGCCCUGAAGAAAUGAAGCUAAAGGUUCGCGGACUUCGAAAAAUAAGAAACGGAGGAGUUAUAAUAAGCACGGAGACCAAGGAUGACAUCCAAAAACUGAAGCAGACAGUCGAGCGUUCGACAACUGGACUUACCGUCGAUGAACCUCAAAAACGGAAGCCCCGCAUCUUAAUUAUUGGGGUCCCUACUGAUAUGGCAGAGAAAGAGGUAUUCAAAUGUAUCUAUGAACAAAAUCUAGUCGACAUACUCCCAACUUUGACCAAAGAGACCUUCUUAACCGCAGUCAAACUAAGCCAUAAGUCAGGAAAAAGGGAUGCUGACAGCUGCAACUACAUUGUUGAGGUACCGGCCAGCGUACGGAAAGCCCUAGUAAAUCAGAACAGAAUUUACAUAAACUGGACGUCAUGCCCGGUACGAGAUUUCACCCUGGUAACUCGGUGCUUCAAGUGCCAGCAGUAUGGUCAUGCAUCGAAGACCUGCAAAUCUGCCACCUCAUCUUGCGGACACUGUGGGGCCGAAGGACACGCAACUCAAGAGUGCUCUUCGAAGGAAGAACCACCGAAAUGUGCAACCUGUAAGCGCUAUAAAAAACCCCACAACCAUAAGACAGGAGAUUCGGAGUGCCCAGCUAGAAAAGCCGCUGAAUACAGGUACAUCAACUCCAUAGAUUAUGAAGGCGCCUAAGAGCGCCAUUAACUAGGUUACAUUUAGCUCUAACGCAUUUUUACAAAGUAGAUACAUACUUUUAUUUUAUUUUUUUAUUUUUUUUUUUUACUUAUGAAUAGUUUGAUUACUGAAAUAGAUAACACUUUUUUGUCUGAAUCAAAAACAUGUGAGGUGGAAGAUUGCAAACAAUAUAUUUCCGGAUACCAUAAUCCAUUUACAGUACUAACACAAAAUAUACGUAGUAUUUGCAGGAACUUUGACAGUUUUAACAUUUUUCUUCAUAGACUAGACAUAGUUUGCGAUAUCAUAAUACUAACCGAAUGCUGGUUAUCAAAACGCCUAGACAACAUCCCUACUAUGACGGGAUACAACAUGUUCCACAGCACAACUAACCAGAAUCAAAAUGAUGGAGUCGUGGUUUACGCAAAACAAUCGCUUAUAGCCACAGUCGAAGAAAAGAAUCAACAAGACUGUAACUGCCUUAUAAUAAAAAUAGGAUCAAAUAUAGCAAUAAUAGCUAUCUAUAGAUCCCCAUCAUUUAGUAAUUUGGAAUCCUUUCACCAUUUCUUAAACCAGACCUGUCAUAAUCUUUCCGCUUUUAAACAUAUCAUACUAACAGGUGACAUUAACAUAAACAUCACUGCUGAAAACUGCGAUGUAGGAAUCCAAAACUACCUUAAUUUGUGUUCAUACCAUGGGCUUCUCACCGGACAUAUACUACCAACUCAUCAAAGUGGCUCGUGUCUCGAUCACAUGAUGAUAAAAACUAGCCUACCAUAUAUUACCCUAGUAACUAAUUCAACAAUUACCGAUCAUCAAGCCGUCCUACUAACAAUCAACUUAACGCUGCCUAAGCAAAAUCGUCCCCUGACAAAGUCCAAACUAAAUAUGCACAAACUAGAACAUGACCUGCAUAACAUUGAUUUCAGCCCAGUUUACAAUUCCAAUGACGCUAAUUUGUCUUUAUCGUAUUUAAUUAAAAAUGUCCAGCAAGCAAUAUUACAUAAUACGAACGUUAUAACAUUAAAUCGGAAGCAUUAUAAUAUUAAACCGUGGAUUACUCCGGGCCUUGUGCGAUGUAUAAGGCACAGAGACAAAUUACAUCAGAAAACCAAACGAUUCCCUGAUAAUAUAAUGCUUCUUGUAAUAUAUAAGAGGUACAGAAAUUAUUGCAACAAUCUCUUGAAAAAACUUAAAAUUGAUUACGAUAAAAGCGAAUUGCAGAAAGCAGGCAAUAACAGUAAACAGAUAUGGAAACACAUUAAAAACUUGACUUACAGUUCAAAACAACGAGAAUCCAUUUCAAGUUUACUGCUCACUAACCCAUCACCCCUAUCAUCAGCUAAUAAUGUAAAUAACUACUUUGUUAAUGUGGGGAAGUCCCUCGCUGAACCACUUCUGACACAAUCAUCUUAUCAGUCUCCCGCGCACUAUCAGACUUCUCUUAAGAGAUGUUCUAAAUCUUUAGCACUUUUGGAUACCGACGAAAGUGAAAUAGAACAAAUUAUCUCAGCACUAAAAGAUGAUAGUGCGGCCGGCUGGGAUAAUAUUAAUAAUAAAAUCCUUAAGCGUUUUAAGCACAUUUUAGUCCGACCGUUAACAUAUAUAUUUCAGAGGUGCCUCAGUGAGGGAAUUUUUCCUAAAUGCUUAAAAAAAGCAGUGAUCAUCCCUAUUUUUAAAUCUGGAUCUAGAGAUGUAGUGAAUAAUUAUAGACCAAUAUCUAUACUGCCUUCUUUGUCCAAAAUCUUAGAAAAAAUAAUAAACAAAAGACUAGUCAGUUAUUUAGAAACGAACAACUUAUUGUCUUCUUCACAAUUCGGGUUUAGAAGCAAAUUGUCCACAGCAGAUGCGGUUCAAAAACUAACAGAUCACGUUGCACAAGAACUUGGCGAUGGAAACCAAGUCCUGACUAUCUUCCUAGACUUAGCAAAAGCUUUUGAUACCGUAUCUGUUCCUUUGCUUUUAAAUAAACUAGAGGCUUUAGGUAUAAGAGGUACACAGCUGAAACUCUUUGAAGAUUAUUUAUCCAAUAGAUCCCAAUGUGUUCGAAUAGACA